CUUUUCCUUUUGUAUUGUAAAUCAGGUUUGAUAUGGUGAUUAACUCAAUGGGGACUAUAGUCCAUCCAUUGUGUUUAGACGUCUGUUCACCUGGAGGCAGAGUCAUAACCUUCACUACAACCUCCUUGCUGUUAUCUGAUAAAUUUGGAGUUUUCUUUGGUUCCCUCAUAGCCCUGGCGAUGCAAGUUACGGCGUGGAUGAAAAAGAUGAGUGAAGGGAAACUGAACAGUUUUUGUUGGGAUACGCUGACCUAUGAUAGAGAGUACCUAAACAUAGCUUGCAGAUUAGUGGAAGAAAACAAGGUUUCACCCAUUAUUGAGAAUGUAUACUGCAUAGAUGAAGCUGUUUACGCAUUUCAGCAACUCGCAAAAUAUGAAAACGUUGGAAAGAGUGUUAUUCGAAUUUCAAGCUGAUUUCAAUGCUUCUUUUGAGCACCAAAAUGUCGAUCCCCUGAAUAAAACAAGCUCCACUCUAAUUUUGGGUUUUUCAUCAAAUGACUAUUAAAUAAAUAAAACACUUAAAACAAUU